AUGGAUCACGCGUGCGCGGGACGGUAUGUGGCGCGCGCAGCCCGCAAGGCGUCGCGCACAGCAUGUCCUGCUUCUACUGGUAGCCCGCACCGCGUCGGCCCGGGCCUGCAUCGCCACCGGCCGCUCGUGGGCGCUCGAGGCCGUGCCCAGCGGCAUGCAGCGCGCGACGCUGGCGCCGGUGCUGGAGAAUGGGGGCGCUGCCGUGCCCGAGGCGAAUACGCUAGACUGGCUCGAGCGAACGCGGCGCUGUCGAGCGCGGAAGGAGGAGCGGACGGCAAGGACCUCGCGCCGGGGCUGUCGCGCAUCGUCAUACCCACGGCGCUCGCCCUCAUGCUCUGCAACAUGGACCGCAUCUGCAUGUCCGUCGCCAUCCUACCCCUCUCCACCGCCAUGGGAUGGGCGCCGUCAGUCCAAGGCGUCGUCCAGUCGGCGUUUCUGUGGGGGUACACUGCCACGCAACUCAUCGGCGGAGCGCUCGCGGACCGUUUCGGCGGGAAGGCCGUCCUGGCCGCGGGCGUCGCGUGGUUCUCCGCGGCGUCGCUCCUCCUGCCCGCCGCGCUGUCGGCCCCGGUCGCAGCGGCCGGGCUCAGCCUCCCCGCCGUGCUCGCCGCGCGCGCCGCCGUCGGGCUGGGCGAGGGCGUGGUGCUGCCGUCGAUGAACGCGCUCGUCGCGCGCCUCGUCGCGCCGUCGCGCCGCGCGACCGCGCUCGGGGCCUGCUUCGGCGGGUUCCAUUCAGGCAACCUGGUCGGACUGGUGCUGUCGCCUUUGAUCUUGCAAACGCUCGGGUGGCAGUGGCUGUUCUUGAUCUUCGGGCUCCUCGGCGCGCCGCUGCUGCUCAUGUGGCAGAAGGUCGUCCCGGAGGUGCCGCGCGCCGAGGCGCCCGGCGGCGGCGCGGGCGCCGCACAGCCGUCGUUGGCGCAGCUGUUGCGCAGCCCAGCGGUGUGGGCGAUCGCGGCGGCCAACACCGUCAACCACUGGGGAUACUUCUUCUACCUGAACUGGAUGCCGACGUACUUCACGCGCGCGCUGGGGCUCGACAUGGGCGCGUCGUCGUUCGCGUCGUUCGUGGCCUGGCUGGCCAUGGCGGUGGGGUCGUCGCUGUCGGGCGUGAUCGCGGACGGCAUGGUCAGGCGCGGCACGCCGACGCUCGCCGUGCGGAGGAUCCUGCAGUCGCUGUCGUUCCUCGCCCCGGCCGCGACGCUGACCGUGAUCGCUGCGGCGGGGACGUCGCUGACGCCGUUCGCCGCGACGGCGCUGCUGACGGCGGUGCUGAGCCUCAAGAGCCUCGGGCAGGCAGGCUUCGUCGCGAACAUGAGCGACAUCGCGCCGACUGCGGCGGGCAAGGUGUUCGGCGUCUGCAACACCCUCGGGUGCCUGUCGGGCACCGCCAGCGCCGUGGUGACCGGCGUCGUCGUCGAGAAGACGGGCUCGUUCUCCCCCAUCUUCCAGGCCACGGCCGCCCUGUACCUCGUCGGAACGCUCGUCUUCUGCCUCUUCAGCUCCGCAGACCGCGAAUUCUAG